AUGUCUGGUACCACAGAACAACCGAAGAAAGAGAGGUUCGCGCCGAAAGAGCCGGUGACUUUGAAUCCGCCGAAAGACGACACUAUCACCCGUGAUUACCUGGCGAAGUGCAAUGGUACGAAUGAAGGUCAUCCCACUCUAGUAGCUAUCAAGGGUGACGUGUUCGACGUGAGUGGCAAGGAAACAUAUGCGCCAGGCAAGGGCUACCACGUCUUUGCUGGCAAGGAGCCAAACCGUGCUCUUGGCCUCUCAUCUUUGAAGCCAGAAGACUGUAUAUCGGACUACUCCGGGCUCUCCGACAAAGAACAGCAAGUUCUGAAUGAUUGGUACACAUUCUUCAGCAAGAGAUACAAUAUUGUCGGGCGACUACAGCCUGAGGGCGCAUCGAGCCUAUGAGCACAUUUCAUUUGUCAUGAACAGCCACAGCUUGUCUACGAACAAUUGAUCUCAAUCCGAACAUCAACAUUGCUCUCGAAAGUCGUCUGAUUGUUCGGUGUGCAUAUGGAUAUCGUGCUUAAUUCUUCAGUUCACAAACAUCCCCAAUGCGACUCGAAAUCAAAGAAGGCGACUUGAUACACAUCACAACCUUACCUGAGUUUCCAACCUUGCCUUCGCUUCCGAGCCACCGGGUUUACUUGCCUUACGUACUACGUAGAUUACUUUGCGG